UAAGUUUGAGUGGCCCCAUCAACAUUCUCAUCGUCAAUUCUCGUCAAAUCACAGAGUGAGUGAGGAGAGGAGAGUGAAUUUGAAAGAAAAUGGCAUCCCACUCCAAUAUUCUGCCUAACCAACACAAAUGUAGGCUUUGUCCCGCACUCUUUCUCACGCGUCUUGCACUUGAAGGACAUAACAAUGCCCACAGAUCAGAAAAAAUUCAGGAGGAAUUUGAGUUUGUUGCGAAUCUUUUUGCAAAGCGUUUGGCUUCGAUAUCUCCACCAGUACAACAAAAGCGACUAAAAACUGAAUUUAGAGGAAGUGGUUUUCCUAGCGCUGAUGCACUGGGCCUUCCGUUAACUCCGGAACAAGUCAAAUUUUUAGAGGAGAACUGCCCUGAAGUUAUGUUGCGUUUCCCUCCUACUGCCUCUCCGGAUAAAUUGCAGAAUUAUUCUUCUUCACCCAGUCUUCAGAGUGUUUUUGAGGAUGGUGAAGAACAAGUUCAAAAAAUGGGUCAGAAUUUCCAAUGUACUCAGGAUGUUUUGACGUCACAGCAACUGUUGAAUUCUUCUUCUUCAAGCAAUCCUCAGAGUGUUGGUGGACGUGGUGCAGAACAAUUUGAACAAAUGGAUCAGAAUGUUUUCAGGACUUGCUCACAACAAUUUCAGCAGGGAGAAGAUGAAUCGCAACUUCAGGACUCGGAAUUGCAUGCAAUUUGGGAAUAUCUGAAUCCCUAUUUUCAGGACUCGGAAUUGCAUGCAAGGUGGUUAAGCAGCCACCUUGAACCUGCUUCAACAGCAGGAGGAUCUCUAUUUUCCUCUCCUCACAAAUUUCAUGCCAUUACAAACUGAGGUGUUGCCAUCAUUUGAGUCCACGUGGCACUGUACUAGUAUAGGCUCACUGUGAACUAUUGGACAGAGCAAUGGAACUCUGUGUGCUCGGGGUACUCUUGUAAAUGUUUUUCAUUUUUUCAUAUUUAAUAAAGCUCAAUAUUU